AUGGAAGGCGUAAGAAUUUCUUUCUCUUCUCACGCCUCAGCAACAAUUUAUGCACUUGUCAUAUGGAAGGGUCUUGAGGGUCUUGACAGUGACCUGUUCGCUGAUGAGGGUCGUCUGAUCAUCGCAGAAUUCACGCGGUUCUUCUUCAUCGGUGCUUAUGUUCCGAAUAGUGGACGUGGUCUGGUCAAUCUGGGAAAUCGCGAGAAGUGGGAGGAAGUGUUUCUGGAGAAGAUCAAAGACCUCGAUUCGAAAAAGCCUGUAAUAUAUGCCGGCGAUCUGAACGUAGCCCAUAAUGAAAUUGAUUUGGCGAAUCCCGACUCAAACAGGAAUAAGACCGCUGGUUUCACUGAUCAAGAACGUGGAUGGUUCACGAGGUUGCUGGAUGCAGGCUUCAAGGAUACCUACCGUGAGCUGCAUGGAGACAAGCAAGAAUACACUUUCUGGUCUUACAUGGGAAAUGCUCGUUCUCGAAAUAUAGGAUGGCGACUCGACUACUACGUAGUAAGCGAAAGGAUUUUUGGGAAGGUUUGUGUUCGAAGAAUAAUACCAUUCAAUCAGUAA